AGUGGCCGGUCCAAGCCGGAAUGGAUCAUCUUAGAGAGGAUCAACCCGUUUAUGCACAUGCCGCAAAGGAUCUGGCUCCGGCGGCUCAUCUCCAUGUUGGUAAUGUUGGUGCUGGAUCUUACUCCGGAACUGGUACAGAUGACUUCCCUGAGCUGUCUCCGUUUAUUGAGCUCCCGUUACCUGACUUCCCUCCGUACGGAUGAAACGUUUCCGAAUUCUGGUUCAUCUUUAUGUUAUGCUUGCUAGCAUCUACAAUAACAAUUGUGCCAGUUAUUGGCAGCACGUGUUGUAAUUUUGCCUCUUUAUAAGAUCAUUUUUAUCUGUUGAUUAAGAUGUACAGAACCAUUUUCUUCUUCCAAUUGAUUUGUGUUCUCUACUGUCUCUCAUUUUCUUUCACUUGCUCAAUUUGAUUAUGCCCAGUAAAUGUUUGAAUUAAUU